UGCUACCAGUUGAAAGUCAAAAUGAUAGAAUUUUCUGUUAUGUAAGAUAUCCGAUUUGAUUGAUACGAUGGCAAAAUUUCAGGAAGAGUGUGAUAGAUUAAGAUUAAAACUACUCGAAUGUAUACGACAUUCCCGAUGUUACUUGGAGGAAAACAAAAGUCCACGGGAAUGUAUUAAUAGAGGUAUUAUGAUGCCUGAGGAAUGCAAGGAAGCACACAUAGAUCUUAUGUAUUGCAGAAAACCAGAGGAGAAGAAAAAACGGAAGAGCCUGUUUGGGGUGAGAGCACCAGUCGAGGACAGAUGACCCCGUCUGCCCAGUGUGUCCAUGAUAUUAACAUUUCAGUAUUGUGUGAUAACAUGUUCAUAUUGGGUAGAAAUGAAUGUUCAUCAUGUUAUUGCCCUCAUAGGCUUACAAUGCAUAUUAGCAUAAAACUCAUUGUGUAGGUAAUGAUUAAAAAACUUAUGUUAUGAUUUAAUUUACAUUUGUUAGGAUGUUGUUCAGUUAAGAUUGUAAAAAGUUUGUAUCAUUCAAGAAAAUAUCAAUCCAGUGGAUCUUUUGCAACAUGUACUUAAAGUUUAGAAUUUUAUGACAGUGAAUAAUUUUAAGGAUAUGUGCACCAAAUGUUAUUUUUAAUCUAGUAUUGAAUGGUAUUAUUUUAAGGUAUAAUAAUAGUACACCAUUUUUCCCUAAUUAACUUGUUUCUGAAUGAUUUAUCAUAAUUAAAA